AUGCUGUUGGUAAAGACAAGGAGGGAGAGGAAAGGCGCAAAGGGCAAGAUGGCCAAGCACACCACCUUUUCGACCACCACCCCCCUCCCAUCGGACAUUGACCGCGACACCGUCCUGUCCUUCCUCCACAACCACGCGGGCAUGAUUGACCUCAACCCACUAGUCAGGUCGAGAGAGAAGCUGGAUAAGCCACCUCCGGCAGCAGCAGCAGCGGAAGCGGCAGCAGCGGCGGCGGCGGCGCAGACCUCGGCAGGAGAAGGAGGAGACGGGGAUUGCAAGGCAACGACAGCAUGGUACGCCGUCACCGACCGAGUCUACUACCUACCCGGCGGUUGGCCAGGUGGUCUAUCGUCAGGGGCCGUCUCGUACACCUGCGCGUUCCGCGACUUGCCAGACGGCAUGGAGACGCACUGCUUUGCCGCCAUGGGCGUGGAGACUCGCAGUCGGUGGAGCGUGGCGAGCACCGGCGGCGGCGGCGGCGGCGCUGGAGACGAGUUGAGGAGGUCGGAGUCGCAGGACUCGAUGCUGCUAGACGGCGACGGGAGUGGGCGGCUGCAUCUACGAGAGGAUGUCGACGUGCGAUCUAACCUCCUUCUGGCCGGUUUCAUCAGGAGGACCAUUAUCAAGAGUCACGGGGCCUUGGUCGACACGCUUAUCGAGAGGGUGAGGGAGAGAUCAUCAUGA